AUGACCAUCGUCGACUGGCAAGAAAAAGCUCAGCUUAAGCAGUCUGAAGCUGCUAGCAAGAUCCCUCCAGAAUGGAGACUCUCUUUAGAUAUCCUGACUGCCAUUUCCAACGAGUCUAAUGUUCUCGACAUUCCUACAAAGUGUGGUAUUCUUUCUGCUCGCGAGCUCGACAUCACCGAACACUACGACGCCACUGAUCUCCUGCAGAGAUUGGCGUCAAAAGAGCUCAGUGCCGUGGAAGUCACAACAGCCUUUUGCAAACGGGCUGCUAUUGCUCAGCAACUUACCUUUUGCCUGACCGAAACGUUCUUCGAUCAAGCCCUCGCCCGAGCUCGGCAAUUGGACGAUCACUUGACGGCCACAGGACAGACCGUUGGACCCCUUCAUGGCCUUCCCAUCAGCCUGAAGGAUUGCUUCAACGUUGCUGGCGUACCGACCUCUCUCGGGUUUGUAUCAUACCUGGACCGUCCGGCUCCAACCACAAAUUCGUCGCUGGUGGAUAUCCUCCUCGCCGCCGGCGCUGUUCUCUAUGUCAAGACCAAUGUUCCGCAGACCAUGAUGACAGCCGAUUCGCAUAACAACGUCUUCGGCCGUGUCCUGAACCCUUACCGCCGCAACCUCACAGCGGGUGGAAGCUCAGGGGGUGAAGGUGCUCUGAUUGCCCUUCGCGGCUCGGUGCUGGGCAUCGGCACCGACAUUGCAGGAUCCAUCCGUAUCCCCGCGCUGUGUUGCGGGACGACCGGCUUCAAGCCUUCUGUUCGCCGCGUGCCAUACGGGGGCCAAACUGCCGCCGGCCGAGCCGGGAUGGUAGGAAUUACGGCUGUGGCAGGGCCGUUGUGCCGUUCCCUCAGGGACGCCGAACUCCUCCUUCGGACCGUGUUUGACUCUAAGCCUGAGGAUCUCGACGACGGCGUGGUGGGUUUUCCGUGGUGUGAUGCGCCCGCAAAGGAUGUGCUCACAGUCGGCGUCAUGGCAGAGGACCCCAACUACCCGAUUCAUCCGCCCAUGCAGCGAACUCUGGCGCUCGCCGCGAAGAAACUCGCUGCGGCCGGUCAUCGUAUUGUCGACCUGACUGGGAGAUUGCCUAGUAUCUCUGAUGCCUGCGAGCUGUCUUUCCGAUACUUCAACAUGGAUCCCGACCAGACGGCUUUGAAGAAGAUCUCCGAUAGCGGCGAGCCCCCCAUCCCCUCCCUACGCGCGACAUACAAUGUCAAUGAGCCCGGGCCGGAGCCGACGCUGCAAGAGCUGUACGACAUGAACGUGACGCGGGACGAAGUGAUGGAGAAGGUGCGAAAGACAUUCCUCGAGAAUCAGCUGGAUGUGAUCAUCGGUCCGGCUUUCCAGAGCUGUGCCGUUCCUCACGAUGAAUACGGGAAGCCACCAUAUACUGUCUUCUGGAACUUGCUUGAGUAUCCGUCGUGCGUUCUUCCCUUUGGCAAGGCCGAGGAGGCUGCCGACGCCGAGUUUGUGAGAGAUGUCCAGUACAUCCCAGCUUACAAGCCCAAAGAAGUCGAAGGUGCUCCUUGCCACGUGCAGAUCAUCGGCAGAAAGCUGAAGGACGAGGCUUUGAUGCAGCACGCCAAGGUGAUUGAAAGUAUACUGUUAAAGUAG